AUGCCAUCUUUCCAUGAUUUCGACUUUUCAAGCUAUCAAAUUCUCAGGUUUCCAAACAGAAUUCAAGAUGAGAAGCCUGAUCCAAGUAUCGUAUGGAUGCUUAAGAAGCUCAAUAUAACGCAUGAUGGAAGUGGACCACUACCUCCACCAGGAAAACAUCAGGCUCCCAACUUCCGUCCUCUUGGUUCUCAUGGACACGAACUUCUUGAGACCCACGGCAAAGCCCUGCGUUCAAACAAUCCCAGCCUACCAAGCACUGUGACGGAGUCGUUUCUCCAUGGACGAUCACAAUGGAUUGACGAACCAGUCAUUACCAAAUGGAGAGAACCCAGUAAAGAGCUUCGGGCGGUGCUUACCCGAACUGAAGAGCUUUACCAUCAAUGGAGCCUCUCGAAGCCAUCGCCUUUUGACCCCUUCUUUGACAAGCUCUGGAUGGAGACAGCCGAUAUUCUCCGAGAUGCUGGGCUUCCAUGGCACAACAAUAACCUAAACAUGCCCGAUGAAACCGAUUCAAGCUGGCCUUUCCACUUCAAGACAUUUGAGAGGGUUGCAGUCCUCGCCAAAGGAAAAAGGGUCCAGGACCCAGAUGCCUCAGGCUAUAUCGCCAACUGGAGUGAAGGCAACUACUAUGGGAUCAGGGCUCUGAAGCAGGAGCUUUACUCGCAGUACCCGAAGCAAAUGCCCAUCCUUUUGAUUGAUCAUCUUGAGACAGAUCUUGCAAAGGCAGCUUCCCACAUAUUUGGCCUUGAAUGGCACCGAGUUUCUCUCAACGAUACAAAUGCGUUGAUGGACAAUGUCCACCGCCUCACCAUGUGUGGGCAGCGACCUAUCAUAUUCGCCGCCACCAUGGCCAAUAGGAGCGGAGAAGUGGAUGAUAUAUCUGCCAUUGACAAGAUUUCUCGCAACUUCCCCCUUAUGCUCCAUUUGGAUGCUUCUCGCGUUUUUGAUUUCUUGACAACAGUCGGGGAGGACUUUCGUCAACUUCUCAAAAUACCUCGACUUCGUCUCCACCAUGCUAAACAUGGUGAGCAUGGUUGCCUCCUUAAUGGAGAAAUCCUGGCGAGCACUAUUGUUGCGGGAGGUUCCAAUGCCUAUGUCUACCCGCCUCCUGUUGUUGCACUCAAGCCCAAACUUCUCGGUAACCAAACCCCAACCCGAAUCGAAUAUGUUAGGGGUACAGAUGGGACACUGUCUGGAUCGAGAGACUCUAUUGGCCCUCUAAUGUUAUGCCUUCAAGAACUUCGAUUCGGACGCAGAGGGUUCCAAGAGAUCUAUGAAAGCUGUUUCAUCAGAAGAAUGAGAUUGGUAAAUGAACUCAAAUCCCUGAACGUGCAGGUUCACGCUCCCUCAAAUUCAUUGGACCUGAUUAUCCGAGCAUCCUCUGGUUGGGCCAGUGACUUGAUGGAACUCGGAGCCAGAGAGGUCGGGGGGGACAAGUACCUUCUCACCAUCCAACCCAGCAUCGAUGGCGAAAAUAUCAGAUCUCUGUUGCGCGUCCUUGGGGCUCACAAUGAGUUGCAUUUAUCCAAAGCUGCAGUACAGAUAGAGCUGCAAUCGCCUAGAUCGCGCUAUCGUCUGCCGGAUGGAGUGGUACAGAAGGUAUGGCAGACAGUCCAGAGCUUCAAGAUUGCGGCUCGGUAUUCAUGUGGCUAUCCCUUGAAUCAAGCUCCCUACUCGGCCCUAGGCCCUGUAGUUGGUCACUUUCUGGGAGUUCGAAUCCCGGAAGAAUGGGCUAGAUGCGAAGCUUCCAAUAUCCUGCAGCGGCGAAAGAAAUCCUUGGGCCUCUUGACUAAGGAGUCACAAAAGUCCUUUAGCGCCUGCUUCACCACGGGUAGCACAAUGGGCAACCGGAUCGGGCUCCACACUGGUCUCAUCCAGUAUCCUGACGCGUUUGUGUAUUUCUCUUCGGCCUCACAUUAUAGCGUCAAAAAGACUGUUAAGGACUGUGAUACGUGGACCCGUCGCUGGAUGCCCGGAAGACUCCCUCGCUUUGCCGAGAUCCCAGCCGACGAAUAUGGUCGUAUGAUUCCGACUGCACUCGCGCAGCAAGUCUCGUCCGACAGGGCCGAAUGUAUGUCCCACAAGGAAGAGUAUCAGGUGAUUCUUUUCGCCAACAUGGGCACCACUUUUGUUGGAGGUCGGGAUGAUAUUCUCGAAAUCACAAAAAUACUGGCUCAGAUCGAGGUAGUCCCAUCUUACAUCCACGUUGAUGGGGCAUUGGAUCUAGGAUUCGUCGCCAAUGGGCUCCAUCUAGGCCCCCCGGGUACCCAGCGGGCAAGUUCAAAAAUUCCCGUAGUACAGGGUAUCACACUCAGCCAUCACAAGGUAUUUGGGAUCAUGGUUUCUGGGGAAGUCAUCAGCUACUGCCCCAACCACUCCAAGCAAUUUGACGCCCUGGCCGGGACCGUCGACCCGCGAGCCGUUUUUGAAACUUGGCUCUUUGAACAGGCCUACCACACGGCUGACUUGGUCACCAUCUGGAAAUAUUGCUUGGACAACGCGAAACUACUGCGCGAGCUCCUGGCAGAACACAAAGUUCCAACGCACUUCAAUCAAGAGAGCAUUAUCACACUUUUGGAAUAUCCGCCACGUUGGCUAGUCGAAGAGUUCCACCUCGCACCUGAAGGAGACUGGGUUCAUUUUAUCACCAUGCCUCAUAUCAACCCUACAACCAUCAAACGGUUCGUGCGAGCGAUAGCGUCGGUUGAUACAAGCUGUGGUACUGCCUUCGAUUAUGUCGGACACUCACUUGCUUCAUCUUUGCAUUUGAAUGGCCAUGCUCAGCUCCGACGUCUCACAAGUCGGAGCAUCUAUAGCGAAAGGGUUCUAGCAGUUGCAAACUUGGCCAUCUUGCAGAAUCUCCAAGCUCAAAAUGUCCGUGAUGAUCUUGGUCUCAGAAGCCUCAAUGACAUACGAUCUUGUUUCAUUUACAGUGCCAUGUCUUUUGCAGUGUUCAACGACCUGAAUGAGCCGCUGGUCGUGUUUCUUGCCGAUGGAGCUGGCGACAGAGUGCUUAAACCUAGUUUGAUGCUCGUGAAAUACUCCUUCCAUGACAGGGUACACAUGCUGCACGAUAUUGCAAUGCAGCUCUAUGGACAUGUGGGGGAGUUAGCAGACGUGAUCAUUGAAGUCGGUGCUUGGAGCUAUCAAGUUAUGUUCUUUUAA